CCCACCUAAUAAAUAACAUUGACCAGGCUAACCCACUGGCGUGCAGCCAUAACCAGGAGUGAGUGGGUUAAUGAGACACACAUGCAUCAGGUCGGGGCCGCCGCUCUGCCUCCUUCUCGCCUGGGCUGCUCUCAGAUGCUAUAAAAUACAGUACCACGAGCAGAGCUCUGGCUGAGACAGGGGGGAGCACAAGUCACUUUCACGUGGAGACGAUCUGAAUGGAGUCAUUGCAUUAUAACAGGUGCCAGGACUGAGCUCACUGCCAGGGGGAGUGAUCGGCUGCCUGAAACUAACGGGAUAUCCCCCAAUAAAAAUAUAAAACACAAUAAAAAUAAAAUAACAAUAACUAAAUAUAAAGGUAAAUCUUGGAUCCCCAUUAUGCUUGUGGAUUCAUACAUACACAUUGAUCCGGAUCUGGAAUCCUUAGCACUUUAUUAGCUGUCACAAUCCACUGACUCACAGCCUGCCUGAGCCGUCUCCAGCCGGGGAGCUGCUCUCUCUCCCUCUCUCCCUCUGCACUCAGCUUCCACCAUCACCCAGGACUCUUUAUUAUUGUCGAAUAAUAAACUUUUCCCCCCAGCCGGGGACUGGAAGACCCUCCUGCCUCGUCUCGUACAAUGGGAGCUGGGGAGCUCAGUUUGUGGAUGAUAUUCUCAGCCUGCUUGAUACACGGGUCCCUGCAAGGAGAAUACCAGAGAAAGCUCUACAAGGAAUUAAUGAAGAAUUAUAAUCCUUUAGAGAGACCAGUGGCCAAUGACUCUCAUCCUCUCACUGUCUACUUUGGAAUGAAUCUGAUGCAGAUCAUGGAUGUGGACGAGAAAAAUCAGGUAUUAACAACGAAUAUAUGGCUACAAAUGUAUUGGACAGAUUACUAUUUACAGUGGAACGUGUCUGAAUACCCUGGGGUCAAAAAUGUGCGUUUUCCCGAAGGACAAAUUUGGAAGCCAGAUAUCCUUCUAUAUAACAGUGCAGAUGAAAGAUUUGAUGCUUCAUUUCAUACUAACGUGCUGGUGAACUCUUCGGGACAUUGUCAGUAUUUACCACCAGGAAUAUUCAAGAGUUCAUGCUACAUUGACGUACGUUGGUUUCCUUUUGAUAUUCAAAAGUGUAAGCUGAAGUUUGGAUCUUGGACUUAUGGUGGAUGGUCUCUGGACUUACAAAUGCGAGAAGCAGACACAUCUGAGUAUAUCUCAAAUGGAGAAUGGGAUCUUGUUGGAGUCCCUGGGAAGCGGUCUGAGAGUUUUUAUGACUGCUGUAAAGAACCCUAUCCAGAUGUGACAUUUACUAUUACAAUGAGACGCAGAACUUUGUAUUAUGGACUGAACCUCCUUAUUCCCUGUGUGCUGAUAUCUGCGCUAGCCUUGCUAGUGUUCCUGCUUCCGGCAGACUCAGGAGAGAAGAUCUCACUUGGUAUAACUGUGCUGUUGUCUCUUACUGUAUUCAUGCUGCUGGUUGCAGAGAUAAUGCCAGCCACAUCGGAUUCAGUCCCAUUAAUAGCCCAGUACUUUGCCAGUACAAUGAUUAUCGUGGGUCUCUCAGUGGUCGUAACAGUUAUUGUCCUUCAGUAUCAUCAUCACGAUCCACAUGGAGGCAAAAUGCCAAAAUGGACACGAAUAAUUCUAUUAAACUGGUGUGCUUGGUUUCUGAGAAUGAAGAGACCUGGUGAAGACAAGGUCAGGCCUGUAUGCCAGCAUAAUAAUAAACAACGGCGCUGUAGUAUGACAAGCAUUGAAGUUAAUACUGUCACUGGUCAGCAGUCCAGCAAUGGGAACAUGCUAUACAUUGGAUUCCGUGGUCUGGAGGGCAUCCAUUGCACGCCCACCACUGACUCUGGAGUAAUUUGUGGCAGGAUGACCUGUUCCCCGUCACAUGAUGAAAACCUUAUUCACCACCCACGCCACUCAGAGGGAGACCAUGAUCUGGGCAAGAUAUUGGAAGAGCUGCGUUAUAUCGCUAACAGGUUCAGAGAUCAGGAUGAGGAUGAGUCAAUAUGCAAUGAAUGGAAGUUUGCGGCAUCUGUUGUGGACCGGUUGUGUCUAAUGGCGUUUUCUGUCUUCACUAUCAUAUGUACUAUAGGAAUUUUAAUGUCAGCUCCAAAUUUUGUAGAAGCAGUAUCUAAAGAUUUUGCUUAACUUCGAUUUAUAAAUGUAUCUUUUGGAGAUGUGUUUUCAACCAGACUGGACCUUUUCUAUCCAAUCCUUGCUCAGAAGGAUCACAUGCUCAUGUUGGGGACAUGUAUGACUGUGUAUUGGUGCCAGCUGCCUCCUCUUCAACUUUAAACUGUAUACAGUAGUUUAUUUAUAUUUUAUAGGUAUUAUGUUCAGGUUUAAUAGCUUUAUUUUAUUACAUUUUCAGGACAUGUCACUUUUUUCACCUAUACACAUACAAUACAUUCAUUGUCCAUUCGGGUUGAUAUUAGGAUUACGUUGUAUAAAAUAUGUCCCUAUAGAAAAUGUCAGAGUUAUAUUAUAGUAUAACACUGUGCUCAGGUAUUGUAUAACACUGUGCUCAGGUAAUAACUUAUUACCUCAGCACAGUGUUAUACAUGUUGCCAAGAAAGGGGAGAUACAUUGGCCAAUAUAAAUUAUAUACCAUAUAUAUAUAUAUAUCAUACCUCCCACCAUGACCCUCUCCAGGAGGGACGAAAUGCUCUACUUCUGGACUUUUCUCUAAAUUUAUGAUUGCAAACACCUGUUUUGAACAGGUUGAUAAGAAAGGUGUUUCAGCACAGGUGCUGGCAAUCAUAAAUUAAGAUGGAAGUCCAGGAGCAGAGCAUUCUGUCCCUCCUGGAGAGGGUCAUGUUGGGAGGUAUGAUAUAUUAGAUAUAUUUAUAUAUAUAUUUUUUUUGACAGUAUAUAUUUUGAACUUGUAAUAAGUAUAGACUGGACAUAGCAGAAGCAAUGCUGUACGUAUGGGUUAAUAUACAAUAGCCAGCACAUGCUUUGUUAUUGGGGGGUUCAAAUGUUUCUGCUUAUGCACUGCACACAUUUAUUUAGAUCCUACACUACGUCAUGUGUGUGAGGGGUGUGAGACCGGUGCCACUGACCAGGGCACAUGGUUGAGGGGAUGGCAUGGUUGCUUUCUCAAUAGCAACCUGGAUGCCUUUUUCCUCGUCUCCUGCUCCCAAGGCUUCCCUGGCACCAUAAAGUCAUGUGCACCAAAGGUGGAGUGCAUCGGCUCCCUGCUAUGACACUAAGUUGCUAUCACAACCCUUUUGUGAGGAGAUUGCAUGCAUACCAUCACUAUAGUCAGAAUAGUGCAAAGUCAUGUGUAUGCACAUCCUACCUCUGCUGCUUUACAUACCAUUAAAUCAUUAGUCAUUUGGUACAUAUGUUGUUACUGCAUAACAGCCCCUUCAGUUUACAUCAAAUCAUUUAGGGCUGGAUACAGCUAAGGUAAAAAUGCAGUCAAAUCUCAGAAAAUUCAAUUUUUUGGAGGUUUGGCUAUGUUUUUUUAUAUGCACCGGAAUGUCAUACAUUCUGGAGCUGAGACCCAGACUGCAGAUUGCAUUGAUAAAAUAAGCCAAUGGCCCCUGUGGUCUAAAACCAGGAAGUUCUAUCAUCGCAAAGGACAGGUUGUAUCAGGAGAGCUGUCCUUUACGAUUUUAUUCAAGCAUACAGUGUUAAUAAAUGCUGUUAUGCCUACGUGAGUGGUGGGAUGCGCGAUGCUUGAUGCAUCCCACCCUUGUAUUAAACUCUAUUUCCAAAACUGACUUCAGAGUGAAGUGUGUAUUUCAGCAAUAGCUUUAUAAACUGUUGGUUUAACUUUUGUGUAUCAGGCAUCUUAACCUUUAAAUUGAAGUGCUAAACAGCAAGUGAUUGAAAUGCAUGCACAUCGGUAUGCAAUAAAAUAGCACUUCAGAAGAAGUGUAAAAUAAAUAAACACAUUGGUUUAAGAAAAUCUUCUACCACUUGCAUAUAACAACAAUGCCAUCAGGAUUUUAUUGUUUACUCCAUUAUAUUAACUUGCACAUGUGAAUUUUUGGUGCUGAGCAUUUCCAAUGUCCCAUAUGAAAUACAUGCACACAUUUAGCACUUGUGGGAAAUGUAUCAAACCUUCAAGAGAGAUAAAAUGGAGAUAUUGCCCAUAGCAAUGAAACAACGUCUGUCAUUUUAUAGACUGUGCUAGAUAAAUGAUAGCUUUAUUUUUUGUUUGAAGGUUUGAUAUAUCUCCCCUUUAAUGGGUACCCUGGCCACACUUUGGGCCUAAUUCAGACCUGAUCGCUGCAGUGCAGCCGAUCAGGUCUGAACUGCGCAUGCGUGAGCGCCUCAGUGCACCAGCGUAUGCCAGACAGCCGACGGCUGUCUCAGCCCUGCGAUCGCCUCUGCUUGAUUGACAGGCAGAGGCGGUCGCUGGGCAGGAGAAGCGGGCCGGCGGUGUUUGGCACGCAGCCACUGCAGCCCUCACAGCGACGAGUAGUUCCUGCCAGCGCUGGCAGGGAGCUGCUUUUGUACUUGUGCGGGGGGCUCAGGCCUGACAUGCAGGGCGGACUGUGUGACUGAUCGUAGAUGUGCUAAAUUUAGCACAUCUACGAUCAGGUCUGAAUUAGGCCCUUUAUACGGCAAAGUGAUGUGCAUGGGAUUGCUUAAUGGAUCCAAAACUGGAAAGACAUGAGCAAUAAUGUUCCAAACAUUCAACUGCGACCUUAAUGUUGCUCGCAUGGGUAGAUGGGAGGAAGGGGGGUUGUUUCUGGUUGCCCGGAAACCCUGCCCCUCUUAGCUUGCAAUAGUAUACAAUACGAUUACUAUAUUACUAUAGCUGCCGCCGCAGCAUGCAGUUUAAGGAACAGAGUGGAGCUGCUACACAUGCCCAGUGGUAGUAGCCUCUUCUACCAGGUUUGUUGUGUGUGUGGAUCUGAGCCCUCAAUCAUUGCACUGGACCAAAGAGUAGCUGCCUUCCCAUGAGGUGGGAGAGUGUGUGUUUAUACAAGGGCAGUUUGUCCCCUACUAGUUCUAUUAUGUUUUUGUAUUUAUUUACUGUAUUAUGGAAUAUUGAACCUUUUCCUGGUCACUUAUUUAUAUCAAGCAAAUAUGUUUGAUACAACCUAUACUAUAGAUCAUCUAUAGUGUUACUUAUUAACACCGUAUUCCAUACAGUAGCCAAUGGAUACAACAACUAAUGAGUUGGUACUAGCUUCUUCUACUGCUCCUCCAGAUUCCUGUGCAUGCUCCAAUGUUCCGCAGAGUGGGAGAUUGUGGAUUGCAUUUGGAAACCCACCUCCUGAAAUCCUGCGUUUGCCACAGGCUCUCUACUGCCCAUUGUAAGUGAUCCACUGUUUUGUAUUAAACUGUAUUUCAAAAAUUGACUUCAGAAUAAAAUGUGUCUUUCAGCAGUUGCUUUAUAAACUUUUGCCAAUUAUUUGUGAAGACUUAAAAUAAUUAACAGAAUCAUUGAUAUGUCUCAAGUUACAACAUACUUUUCCAGAAUUGUUGCAAAAUAUGCAAUAAGGCAAAGAACUGGUAUUAAUGAGGGUGUCCAAGACAAUAUUUGACUUUGUUAUUUCUGUGUGAUGCAACAAAUUGUAUGUUGUGUACAGUAGAAUUUUUUUAUGCAAGACACAAAGGAUGAUUUAUUUUAUUCACAAACAGUGCAUGUAUGUCACACAUGUUUUAUUUAUUUGCAUACUGUAUGUACCAUUCACUGUAAAUAAAAUGAUGUAUAUACAUAUAAUGCUGAUAUAUAUUGUUUCACUUCAUUGCCACUGCAUUAAAUAUGGUCCUUUGACUUCACAUAUCUCUAAAGGUUGUGCUGUACCUUACACCAAACAGAUAAAAAACGAUAUACGGAUUUCAGUUUAAGAAACAUUAAACCUGAUGGAUAUUUGAGCUGGCCUUUACCUGGUGAUUGUGUCACUUGGGAGUCCUAUCUGUUAGAGGAAACACUAAAUGGGGAAAACUGUGGUUUAUUUUCAAGCUUAGUUCAGGCAAUAGAACAUACGUUUUUAUUUCAUCUUAUUUCAGAAACACUAUAUAUAUGUUCCAAACAUAUAUAUAUAUAUAUAUAUAUAUAUAUAUAUAUAUAUAUAGCAGAUAGAAGGCGGCACACCAGGGAUUUGGUAGCAACUAGUAAAAAUAGGUGAUGAACACCAUCAACUGCGGUUAACGUUUCAGUUUAUUAACUAAACUUUCGUCAUAUAUAUAUAUAUAUAUUAGAUAAUAAGGUGUGCUUCACAUUGCAUCUGGUACUUGUCACACUUUUAAAAGAUGAUGUAAUUUGUUAAAUGAACCACUUAUAUUGCUUCAUAUGGUCCAGCAUUAAAGUCUCAGCGGACGUAUGUUCCAGAUGUACUAUGGGAGCACAGUGUACUACAUUUGUAUAGACACAUAUAAUCUCUUACAGCUGUGCCACUCAAAAUCCCACAAAGUCAUAGACUUCUGUUCUGCAUCCUUCUGUUGGUACAAACCACAUGCUGCUUUUAUGCUCAUACCGUAAUUUAGGCUUUGCCUGGGAAAGCAUACUCUAGUCUAUCAUUUGAAUGAUUGAUGCAAUUUACUAAUAAAAGAAACAAUUUUUAUUGAAAGGGUAGUUGAUUAUGACCAUUCACCAUUUGUGGCAAAUAAGGUAAUACAUAGGAAUGAAUAGGAUGAAUAUAAAGCUAUACUUAGAAUUAGUUACUGUAUGUAACAAUAAUACGUUUUUAUAUGGACAUGGCAUUUGUUUGUACUAGUUUUUUUCCCCAUUUGUAUUAUGAAAUCAUA